GACUGAUCAUUAUUUAAAAAAUAAAUAUGGGACGUUAAUAACAUUAAUAAAUAAAGAAUUAGUUCACAUGAAAGUUCAUAAUAAAUAUAAUGAUUUAUUUUUUAAUCACUGUACACAAAUCAGUCUCUUAACAACAACAUUCCCCUUUCUUCUAAACUUAGGCUGGUGGACCAAUAUCAUUAUGAUAACAGCAGCAAUCAUCAGUAAAUAUGCAGUUGAUGGUUUAUUUGGGAAUGCAAUUAAGAUUAGUUUAUGUAUUACUGUUGGUUGUGGUCAAACUUUGUUAGUUGUGCAUUUCUGGAAUACUAUUAUGUUGAUGAAUGGUGCUAAAUAGAAAAAAAAUUAUUAUUAUGUUUUACAUUUGAAAUGACAAUUUUUGUUUAUGAUAUUACAUUUGAAACUGAAAUAUUUCAGAAAUCUUUAAAUUCUACAUCUGAUAUAGUAUCAUCAUUCGGCAGUUCAAUAGUGUUCAUAUUCUAAACUUUUAAAAAAUUUAAAAUAUACAGCAACUAAUGCAAAUACAAUUGUAACUAAUCCAACAUCACAUUUAAUAACAGAUAAUCCUGUAUCAUCAUCAUCCCUGACAACAAUAUCAACUUGGUCAUCAUUUUUAACUAUUAAUAAUGAUUGA